CACACACACAUACACACGCCCGGGGAGGCAGGCCGGAGAGACCUCCCUCCCGCCCCUCCCGCCCGCCUCCCUCCCCUCGCCGCCGCCGCCGCCAGCAUCUGGGACCGGCCGAUUCUGCACCUCCGUCCGGCGCUGCCCUUUGAUUCGGAUUUCCAUCUUGCAUUCUCCGGCGGACCGCGGGACCCGGCUCGUGCAGAGGAGGGGGGCCGAUCGCUAUGGAGUAUUUUAUGGUGCCCACUCAGAAGGUGCCCUCUUUGCAACAUUUCAGGAAAACAGAGAAAGAAGUGAUAGGAGGGCUCUGUAGCCUUGCCAACAUUCCACUGACGCCUGAGACUCAGAGGGACCAGGAGCGGCGGAUUCGGCGGGAGAUCGCCAACAGCAACGAGCGGAGACGCAUGCAGAGCAUCAACGCGGGCUUCCAGUCCCUGAAGACCCUCAUCCCCCACACAGACGGAGAGAAGCUCAGCAAGGCAGCCAUCCUCCAGCAGACAGCUGAGUACAUCUUCUCCCUGGAGCAGGAGAAGACCAGGCUCCUGCAGCAGAACACACAGCUCAAGCGCUUUAUCCAGGAACUGAGUGGCUCGUCCCCCAAGCGGCGGCGGGCAGAAGACAAGGAUGAGGGCAUUGGCUCACCAGACAUCUGGGAGGAUGAGAAGGCGGAAGACUUGCGACGGGAGAUGAUUGAGCUGCGGCAGCAGCUGGACAAGGAGCGCUCGGUGCGCAUGAUGCUGGAGGAGCAGGUACGCUCGCUGGAGGCCCACAUGUACCCGGAAAAGCUCAAGGUGAUCGCACAGCAGGUGCAGCUGCAGCAGCAGCAGGAGCAGGUGCGGCUGCUGCAUCAGGAGAAGCUGGAGCGGGAACAGCAGCACCUGCGGACCCAGCUCCUGCCCACUCCGGCCCCCACCCACCACCCCACGGUGAUCGUGCCGGCGCCGCCACCCCCUCCCUCCCACCACAUCAACGUCGUCACCAUGGGCCCCUCCUCGGUCAUCAACUCUGUCUCCACGUCCCGGCAAAACCUGGACACCAUCGUGCAGGCGAUCCAGCACAUCGAGGGCACCCAGGAAAGGCAGGAGCAGGAGGAGGAGCAGCGGCGAGCGGUCAUCGUGAAGCCGGUGCGCAGCUGCCCCGAGGCGCACGCCUCGGACACCGCCUCUGACUCGGAGGCAUCGGACAGCGACGCCAUGGACCAGAGCCGGGAGGAGCCGGCGGGGAGCGGGGCGCUUCCCUGACCACCCCCAGCCCUCCUCUUCCUUCUGGGGGCUGGAGGGGGCCAGGGCAGCAACAGGGAGAAACGCGGGCGCACGAGUGAGGAAUUUUUACAAAAUUACGACGUCAUUUGGGUCUCUUUUAUGACCUCUUUUUCAAUACUGUAAAUCGACCUUUGAGCGAAGCCACCCAACCCGAAGUCCCCGGGGUGGGGUGGCAGAGGCGCGUGGGAGCCACCGGGGCCCCUGGGGCUGGGCCUCGGCCGGGGCGUGGGGAGCUGACACUGGGGUGCCUGGCCUCUCUCGGACAAAAAGCAUUUUUUCAUUUAAACGUGUUUUUAAGAACAGGGAAAAUCAACAAAACCCCAAGUAUUUUUGCCCUCCCCGGAGCCAGCCCUAUGACCGUCAGUUUUUAACUCUCCUCCCCCUCCUCUUUUUGGGUUUCUUCUUUCUCCUUUAAGCACUUACCUGGGUGGGGGUCUGGUUGGGUUGGGGGUCCGGGGGUCUACGUUGCUUCUCGGUUGGGAUUUGCUGCUGCCCUUCCCCCCUCCCCACCCGUCUCAGCACUAGGAUUCGCCACUCUCCACCACCACCCAGCCCCCACCUCUCCCUCUGGGUGUCCCAUCUUCAACCCCCCAAAAUGUCUUCGUCUCUCUCUCUUUGUUUUGUUUGUUGUUGGUUUUUUUUUUUUUGGAUUUGUUUUUUGUUUUACAAUUUUGAGGUCUUUGUGUUCAAGGAGAAGCUAUUAUAUUUUGUUAAGAAAGCGAGGGGAAAAAAACCAAGAGGCCACGGUGCCUUUAUAAAGAAACAAAAUAAAGUUUGUACUUUGUUUUUUAG